AUGAACAAAGAACUCCCAGAAGAUCUGAUCAAUGAAAUCUUGUCGAGGGUUCCGAUCGGCCAGUGGACUGGCCGGUUCCGCUGCGUCUGCAAAUCAUGGCUUGCUCUCUUCUCGGAUCCCUCCUUCAUCCUGCGAGAGAAAUCCGCGGAUUCUGGCCUUCAAAUCCUGAUCAACUCCAUCAACAACAACGACGACAGGUCAGUUUACCAUUUGUACUCUGCCGACAAACUCGAGCCCCUCCUUCCUUCCCCUGUCCAGCUACCCUUCAACCCAGAAAAGCCCAUCGAAGAUAAUUACCGCUAUUGGAAUCGGUCUAUAAGAAUUGCAGGAUCCUGUAACGGCCUGGUUUUCAUAGCUGACUGUGCUUACGAUCUGAUCCUCUGGAAUCCGGCCACCUCCGAGACCAAGCUUGUCCCGAAUUCCCCUUUCCAUCUCGACUGGUUUCUUGAGGCUGUUGGGUUCGGUUUCGAUCCGGAAUCGGAUGACUACAAAAUCGUUAGGCAAUUUGUGCCCGACGAAGGUCCUCGGGGGUUGUAUUCAUCAGAGGUUUACUGUUUAAGGACCGAUUCCUGGACGAAGUUACCCGAUGAUGACAAUGGCUAUUACUGGCGCGACUGUGAUGGGCAGAUUGCGCAAUGUAACAAGGGGAAAUUGUAUUGGUUGAACUGGGAUUCGGACGGGGAACACAAGAGUUUGAUUUUCAAGUCAUUCGCCAUGAGCAGCCACGAGUUCCAAACUGUGGAUUUGCGCUUGCCUUCCGAGAUUGAUGAUGUGUAUGGUGAUCUGGAAUAUCUGUUGAACGAGGAGUACAUGGUAGCUCUCUUUCCCCUUAGAGAUGAUGUGAGGAGAUUUGUCACCAAGUCUUGGGAGGUAUGGUUGCUCUUGAAGUACUGGGUGCCGGAGUCCUGGACCAAAUUGUUCGUCAUUGCGAACCCACACCCCGGAAAGAUGAUGUGGAAGUUCGACGGAAUAUCGAGGAAUUUGAAGUGGUUGUUUUUAUCGUUUCGCUUUCAUGGCUGUAGGGACGUCGGUGAGAUGCCCCUCCAUGCCAGUAGCCCAGAGACGGGAAAUCUCACCGAUCUUCAUGUUCUCGACGUUUCGACAAGGAACUGGAACGUGAUGGUGGUUAAUUAUAUGCCUUCUCAAAUCAGUAUACGUGACUACUACGCAUCAUCGAGCUAG